AUGAUGGAAAAGAAAAAAGCAAGCGCUCCCACUGACCGCGGAAACAUUGUGGCCGUUAUCAUCUUCAUGCUGGGCUUGGGGACGCUGCUUCCCUGGAACUUCUUCAUCACAGCUUCCCAGUACUUCAAGCAGCGCCUAAACCAGACGACUGGGACGACGGUCAAGGAGUACAAAUAUGACAGCUGGAUGACAUUGCUUUCCCAGCUGCCCUUGUUACUCUUCACGUUGCUCAACUCCUUCGUCUAUCAAUGGGUUCGGGAAAGCGUACGCGUGGGCUCAAGCCUGGUGGCCAUCUUACUACUCUUCUCGCUGACGGCCACCCUGGUGAAAGUAGACAUGUCUCCUGACACCUUCUUCUCUGUCACAAUGGCGACCAUUUGGUUCAUCAACAUGUGCAGCGCGGUUUUGCAGGGCAGCCUGUUUGGGAUGGUGGGCUUACUGCCGGCUCGCUACAGCACCCUGUUUAUGAGUGGCCAGGGGCUGGCCGGAAUUUUCGCUGCCGUCGCCAUGCUCCUUUCCAUAUUAAGUAACACGGACCCGAAGUCUGCAGCAUUAGGCUACUUUAUCACGCCGUGUGUGGCCACGCUGGGAACGUUGGUGUGCUACAUGCUGCUGCCUCACCUGAAAUUUGCACGUUUCCACCUGCGACGAAACGCAAACGAUGACGAGGAGAAGGGGAAUGUGCUCCUUUCGAUCAAAGACACCACUGUAACCACACCGAACGGAAAACACUUGGAUGCUGAUAGGACAUUCAUUAGCGAGCCGGAGGAGCGAUCAUCCGUCCUGGUUGUCUUGAAGAAGAUCUGGCCAAUGGCUGCUUGCAUCACGUGCAUCUUUGCCAUCACGCUGUCUGUGUUUCCUGUGGUGACUUUACGUGUGGAGACUGUCUACAAGAACACCAAAUGGGACGAAGUUUUUACACCCGUUUGCUGCUUUGUGGUUUUUAACGUCAUGGAUUUGGUUGGCCGUGGCACCCCCUACCUCGCACAGUGGCCGCCCAGACACAGCCGUCUUUUCCCUUGUGUCGUGGCACUCCGUGUGGUCUUCAUUCCACUUUUCAUGAUGUGCAACAUUCCAACCACCAAGCUGAGGUUAAUCCGCCACGAUGCCGCCUUUGCUACCAUUGUAGCGGUUUUCGCCUUCUCCAAUGGAUACCUGGCCAGCCUCUGCAUGGCCUACGCGCCGCAGAUGGUCUCACACAGAGAUUACGAGACAGCCGGUUCGCUUAUGACCUUCUUCCUGGUUCUGGGUUUGGCACUGGGUGCAUCACUCUCCUUCCUGCUGGAAGAGUUCCUGUUGACAAAACCAGGCACAAAUUACGGCACAUGA